AUGGCGGUGAAAGAAACAAAGCUGUACGAUGUACUGAGCGUUAGCCCAACAGCGACGCAAGAUGAGAUCAAGAAGGCCUACAGGAAAGCCGCCCUCAAAUGGCACCCAGACAAGAACAAGGACAACCCAGAGGCAGUUGAAAAGUUCAAGGAGUGCUCUCAAGCGUACGAGAUUCUUUCAGAUCCCGAGAAACGCAAAACAUACGACCAGUUCGGACUCGAGUUCAUCCUGAGAGGCGGUCCGGUGCCUACGCCCGAUACCGGCGGUCCGAAUCCAUUUGCAUCUGCGGGCGGGGCUGGCGGAGCGGGCAUGCCCGACGCCUUUGCCUCCUUCUUCGGGGGAGGUGGCACCCCCAACAUGGGCGGCGGCCCCCGAUUCUCGUCGUUCGGCUUUAGUUUUAGCGACCCAGAAAAUCUGUUCCGAAACACAUUCCGUGAUGGGGGGCUGGGCGGAGACCCUCUCGAGGAGCUGCUACGCGGCGGCAUGCCCCGGGGUUCCCCGGCAGGCUCGGCCGCGGGCGGGCGUCGCAUGCGUGGCUCUUUCGGCGAGAGCACGCGGAGCGCGCGCCAGGCUACGCCAGAAGUCACGACUGUCGAGCGCCCACUGCCCGUCUCGCUUGAAGACAUGUAUACAGGCGCGACCAAGAAGAUGAAGAUUAAGCGCAAGAUGUUUGACGAGACAGGAAAGAGGACUACGACAGACCUGGUGCUGGAAGUGCCCAUCAAGCCCGGCCUCAAGAAGGGUAGCAGAAUCAAGUUCACGGGCGUCGGCGAUCAAGAAGAGGGUGGCCAGCAAGAUCUCGUCUUUAUAGUUGAGGAGAAAGCACAUCCUCUCUAUGUCCGCCAGGGCGACGAUGUGGUCUUCAGUAUAGAUCUAGAUCUCAAGGAAGCGUUGACGGGGUGGAAGCGGACCGUCACUACGCUCGGUGGCAAGACCCUCAGCAUCGAAAAGGCGGGGCCGACACAACCGGGCAGUUCCGACUCGUACCCGUCGCUCGGGAUGCCCGUCUCCAAGUCGCCCGGCAAACACGGGAACUUUGUUGUUAAAUACAACGUCAAGUUCCCGACGACGUUAACGCACGCCCAGAAACAGAAGCUGCGGGAAAUCCUGUAG